AAGUGGCUAUUUCAAGAUGGCGCAGUCCUUGUCAGAUGAAGAGUUCUCUCGAAUGCAGACACAGCUCAUCGAGCUGCGUACCUUGAAUUACGAGCUGGAGUCUAAUUGUCAAAGACAACAGACAGAACUUGGUCAGCUUCAAGAAAAAUACAAUAAUCAGGAAAAAGAAUUACAGAAAGCCAACAAGAUCAUAAACAAAAGCAAAAACAGAAAGGAAUAUGCAGUUCUUUUGGAAGAAAAUGAAAAUUUGCAAAGGCAGUUUCAGGCACAAGAGGAAAAUUUUAAGUUGCAAAACCAAACCCUUCUUGAGGAGAUAAGCAAGUUAAAUGAUGACAAUGAAAAACUCCAAAGACAAGUAACAACAAAAGAUGGUGGCCAGGACUCAGGUUCUGAUGCAGAGUUGAGGAGACUAAGAGCAGAAAAUGCUGCUUUGCAGAAAAGUUUGACAAAUUCCCAACAGAGGCAUGAGGAUGAAUUGAUGCAAUUACAAGAAAAACUCCAAUCCCUCUCUGAUGACCAUGAUAAUGACAGCUGCCAAUCACCAGAUGCAGGUGAAAAUGAUGCCGAAGAGUUGCCAGCCAAUGGAGAAACACAUGGAGAUGAAAAUAAAGAUGCUGUAAAUGAAAGUGGACAAGCUAAAACAUCAAGACAAAAACUUCAUGAGAUUUUAAAUGUGGAACUGUCAGUAUUUUGUGAAAAAAUGUGUAGCAGUAAAACUGGUGAUGUGUCUAAGGAGGCAGAAACAAACCAAAGGCAUGAAGUUGCCAAGGAUGUGGAUGAGAAUUUAAGUGUAGUGGAUGGCGCUGAAACAGAGAGCAAUGCUCCUGGAACAGCAAUGUUUGACUCCACAGAUAAGAAGUCAGGCAAUGAGGAUUUUAUUGAAGAGAUAGACAAUUUGAAAAGGAAACUAGCUGAUAGUUUGUUUCAUUUUGUUUCUUCAAAUGAAGUUACAGCUGCAGUCGUCAGAAGUCCGCCGCGGGAACGUCGACAAGAGGUUGAAGUCAGAAGCCUGGCUCUGGAAAAGCAAGUGAAGGAGAUGGCGAGUCUUCAGCUACAACUCGACACUGAACGAGAAGAGAAGAGAAUCCUUCAAGAUCAGCUACAUGAAGCUGAGACGUCAGGCAAGCAGGAAAUUUCAAAGCUCGAGAAGGAACUUUCGCAGCUCACAGAAAAAGUCAAAAGGAAACAAGAAAGUUACUUACAGCUUCAAGAAGAAAAGGAGAAACUUUAUUCGGAAAACAAGAAAUCUCAAGAGGAGUUAAAAACCGCGAAAGAACACGAAAUAGAGGUUUUAACAGAGCAAAUGGCAAAGCUUCAAGAUGAGGUUAAUACUGCUAAUCAGCGGUACACAGAGUUAAAAGAGGGAAAUGAAAGAAAGAUUAAAGGACUUGAAGAGACUAUGACAUCCCAGCGUAACCAGGCGUCGUUAUCUGCAGAGGAAACGGAACAGGUUGUUGCAGGACUUAGGCAAGAAAAUGCGUCUUUGGUCACUGAAGUGCAAGAGCUGCGAGCGAAAGUCAAAACAAUAAGGGAGGAGCAGGAAGAGUCUGAGGACUUGAUAUCACAAUUGGAAAACAAAGUGUCUUUGACCGAGACGCGCUGCGCUGAGCUGGCCAUGGAGGUAGAUGAGUUGACAGCCCAUGUGAAGGAACAGAACACUGCAGUUGAAGGCUGGAAUGAACAAAUAUCACAGCUAACAUCUGAACGUGAUCAGCUGAAGGACUCGCUGGAAGAAGUUACCAAGGUCGCCAAAAGUCGUAAAGAAUUGGUUGACACGAUGGCCAUCGAGAAACAAACGACAGACGCGAACCACAAAGAGCAAUUGGACAAGUUACAAGAGGAUUAUAAGAAAGAAAUUAACGAACUUAGAGAGCUUCUGACGGGAGAGAAGAAACUUCGCAAAGAAGUUGAAGACUCACAACAGAAGUUAGCAGAAACCAAGGCUAAAUUACAGUCUGUAGAGAGCAAAAGUGGAUGGUUUGAGAGAAGACUUGCUGAAACUGAGGAAAACUUGAAGGCAGAGAAAGAAAGAAAUGAGCAAACACUGGCCAAUCUGCAAGCGGAACGUGAUGAGGAACUUAAAUCUUUGCAAGAAGAGAGAGAGAGAGGGGAAGAGGGAUUUCAGUCUCAGAUCAGUGGGUUACAGGAGGAAAUGGAGGAAAAGGAACAGGAAAUGGAAAAAUUACGACAUGAACUGAAGGAUAAAGAAGUUGAAAACAAAAUUGCCGGCAAGAAAGGAGAUCAGCUGGUUAAGGACCUGAAGCGUCAGCUCAAACUGGAGAGGAAAAGAGGCGAGCAGUUACAGCAAAAAUUACAAGAAGCUUUAUCAGAAAACAGAGUCAAGCCAGCAUUUGAGGAUAUGUUUGUUGGCAGGGAACAUCAACGGCGAAAUAGCGGUGAUUCAUCAAUUGUUAGUCAACCAUCAAGAAGUGAAGUGGACAGCCCGGAAUUUAGGCCCCCAAGCCCCGCUGCGUCCAUGAUCAGUAUGCUUAACGACGAUACCACUGACCUGAUAGAGCGACUCGCGGACGUUCAGCAAGAUAAGUGGCUCCUCGAGGAAAAGGUUCGCCAUCUUGAAGAAAAUGGAGCAGCGCUAGCGGAUGAUCUAUUAAAAAAAUCAGCCAUAAUUCAGGCAUACGCCAUGGAAACUAAAGUCGGUCCUAUAGCGGAGUCUCCAGCGAAAUCAUCCCCAGCCGCUUCGAUUUCUACUUUAAAAGAGAAGAUUCGGUCUCCUUUUGGUAAAGCUAAGCCUGAGAACACCAGAAAAAUACAGCUGAUGCUGGAGGAGACACUGACAAAGAACAUUCAAUUACAGCGGGACGUGGACUCAAUGUCUAAAGAACUUCAAAGAUUCAAACAACAAGAAGUGAUUCCACCGGAACUCAAUGAAACUUCGGAUUCAGUGUUGGAUUCAAGUCUAUGGAAAGCCACAGAGGAAGAAGAAUCUGAAUUGAGUUAGCAAUUUUUAACUGAUUUAAUUUUAGGUUUAAGACACUUUUGUCGAGUGCAGUGAACCUUGGGUUGCGCUGACCCCACUGAGCUGUUAACUCCUUCACUCACAUGAGUGACCAAGACAGCAUUUCUCCUUACUAUAUCAAUGCAAUAUCAAGCAGAAAAGUGAUGAAAAUAAAGCAGAAUAUCAACAAGGGG